AUGGCACAGGAGCUACCUUUUAAUAAUCUUUAUAAAUUGAGACGAGUGGCUGCAGAUCAAGCCAAAGCAUGCUUUAUAUGCUAUAAACCUUCUGAUGUCGUACUGGUUACAGUUGUCUCCAAAGAAAAGCCAGACUUCUUCUACUUGUGCAAAUCCCAUCUUGAAGAUACCCAUUUCUGUUCAAAGCUAUAUUUUGAGUCAGUGGGUACUGACUUACAGAGUAGAGAGGCUCAAUUGAAUCAACUGAAGAUAAAAAAGGUAGAGUUGGAAAAGAGGUUGUUCAAGUUGGAAGACGAAGAAAGAAAGAAGCAGUCAGCUCUGAACAAAUUGUAUGACAUGGUCACAGGCGACAAGAAAAAGAAGCAAAAGGACAAAAAAGAUGACAAUUCCACUACUGAGAAGGACAAUGAUAGUCAGACAAACAAAAACUCCAUCUUAGAGAUCCGUAAAAGUCUAAACGACACUAUACAACAAAUCGACAACAAAUCCAAAGAGUAUCUUCACUAUCAGUUGGAUUCAAGUUUCUUUAAGUCUAGGCUGAAAAAAUACUAUGAGGCCGUUAAGAGUCAACAAAGGCUGCAGUUCCUAUCCAAUGAGUCUAAUUUUCCCUCUACCAAAGGCCUUUCCAAACUUACUCAACAGGAAAAUGUUUAA